UGAUAGGGUCGCUUCCAUUCGCGCUGCUAAAGUAAAAGCUCUCACAACUCUUUCUGCUGCACAAGUCAGCGCAUAAUGGCACCCAAAAAGUCAUCCAAGAAAUCAGGCAGCAAUUCCAAAAAACAACAACAGCAGCAGCAACAGCAGGAAAAACAGCAACAGCAAGAAGAGACAAAUGUCGUCGUUGACGAAGUCGGAUCAGGUCCAUUGAACCUCACCACUAUUCGAAAAUCAUUCAAAAACACCAAAUACAAAACACCCAAGAAAUCAAAAAAUCUGAAGCAGAUAUUGACAGCCGAAAGAAAUCUGGAACUUGCGCUCGACGUGCCUACAUAUCAAAACAUCGAAUGCCCACCAUCAGUCCUGCCACAAAAGAAAUACUGCGAUAUCACUGGAUUGACAGCCAAAUACACUGAUCCAAAGACAGGAUUACGGUACCACAAUGCAGAGAUUUAUCAGUUCAUUCGCACUUUGAGUGUUCCAAACGUCCAAGCAUAUCUUGCCAGUCGAAAUGCAGCUGUUGUGCUUAAAUAAUAGUAUAUCCUCUUCUUACUUCUUUACUUCUCUUUCUCUCGCUACUUAUUCAUACAGUUUGUUCAUUGUUUUUUUUCGGAAAGAUGUAGCAGUGGGAUACAUGAACAGCAUAGAACAUGUACUAUUUCGUACAAAUUAUUGCGUGUAAUGCAAAAUCUAUAAACAGACAGGGUUAGUGUGCUGAUAAAUUUCAUUAGAUGCACUCUGCCAUUGAGAAUGGCGUUCCGGCGUCCUUCCGCAAUUUUAAAGAAGUUCCGG